GAAACUAUCAACAUUCCUUCAUUCAGCACAGCUAGUUGAACACGAUGACAGCUCCAAAGUUUGUUGUCUUUCUGACGUGUUUGUUCUUGUGGAAAACAGCUCAGACAACAGCUGUGAAAUUUUCCUCAUCUGUGCAUCAGCAGAGUGAUUUUUUAUCAGUUGAAGCUGGAGGCAGUGUGACUUUACACUGUUUUUAUAAAGACGAUGGUACAGCUUGGCUUUACUGGUACAAGCAAACUCUUGGACAGAAACCAAGGCUCGUCUCCACCUUCUUCGUGUAUGAUGAGAGAGGCACAUUUUAUCAUGAAUUCAAGAACAAUCCACGCUUCACACUGGAAACUAAAAAUGGGAGAAAUCACUUGACAAUUUCUAAUUUACGUACUUCAGACUCAGCUACUUACUACUGUGCAAGAGAUUAUUCACUUAUUUUGGAAUUUUUUGAGGGAACUACUGUCAGUGUAAAGGGUUCAGGUUUGAACAUCCAGGCUUUGGUCCAUCAGUCAGAAUCUGAGACCAUCCAGCCAGGAGGCUCUGUGACUCUCAACUGUAUAGUACACACUGGGACCUGUGAUGGAGAACACAGUGUUUACUGGUUCAAAAGCUCUGAAGAAUCUCAUCCAGGACUCAUUUACACCCAUGGAGACAGGAAUGAUCAGUGUGAGAGGAAACCCAACACACAAACACACACCUGUGUCUACAACUUGCCAAUGAAGAAUCUGAAUCUUUCUCAUGCUGGGACCUACUACUGUGCUGUUGCCUCAUGUGGACACAUACUGUUUGGAAACGGGACCAGGCUGGACUCUGAGGGAUUUACAGAUGAAGUGGACUCUCUUGUCUUGGUGUAUUUCUUGAGUGGAGCUCUGACAUUCAGCACCAUCCUGGUUGUUUUACUGGCUUUCUCAGUGUACAAGAUGAACAAAAGAAACAGCCACCACUCUCCAGACUCUCAAGAAAGAUUUACUGCUCCCUCCUCAACAAAUGUCGAACGUUCUCCAAACGCGGACAACCUCCAUUAUGCUGCUUUAAAUGUCAACCUGCCCAACAGACCAAGAAGACAGCAGGACAACAUCAAGAGUGAAUGUGUGUACUCCAGUGUUAGGCAGUAGAAAUGGACGUUUUUGAUAAAACCAGAACAUUUAGAGGCUCACAUUCACUGAUGGUACACAAGUGACAUGAGCUUAGAGGAUCAAAGAUGUCACAGACUCUUGUUUUUGCCCUAAUCUCUGUAUGUACUGCUGUAUUUGCAUUUCAUGUCAUUAAAGAUCAAAUAAACGUAAUGUAUGCCUGGAACAUCUUGA